AUGGCCACUACUCAGGAACAGCUCUACGACGUUGGCGGAGUGACCAUGCCGCGUCCCUUCAAGAUUCGCCGUUUAGGCCACUUUGGCUUUAAUGUCAACGAUAUGGAGGCAGGACUACGGUUCUACAAAGACCUGCUGGGAUUCAAGGUUUCGGACCACUUGAAUUUCAAGGGGAACCCGCAGAGGGCUGAAAUCCUCAAGGAUGUUCCCGACAAAGACUGCCAGGGCGCGUUUAUGCACCACGGCGGCGACCAUCAUUCCUUCGUUCUGUUCCCGAAAAAGGCACUGGAUGUGCUGGGCCGGGGCAGCGGCCACGAAGGCGACGGUGACGUUACCAUCAACCAGAUUACCUGGCAGACCGGUUCGCUGGCCGAGGUGGUAAACGGGCACCACUAUUUUGAUGACAUGGGCAUUCCCAUCCGACGUACUGGCCGGGACAUGCCGGGCAGCAACUGGCACACCUACGUAUGGGACCCGGACGAUAACAUCAACGAGCUGUACUAUGGAAUCGAACAAAUAGGUUGGCUGGGCCGCAGCAAGCCCAGGCCCAUGCACUACCGGGGAUUCGGUGAAGCUCCUACCUUGCCGCAGAUGUCCGAAGAAGCCGAAGUAGAUGAGGCCGUGGAAAAAGGCAUUGAAAUCUUCUCCGGCACCCGGGAUAGCGAAGCAAUGCCGGCGGUCUAUGACGUUGACGGCAUCCUGCUACCCAGGCCCUUCAAGAUUACCAAGAUUGGGCCUGUGAACCUCUUCGUGCGAGACCUGGAUGCUGCUGCGGAGUUCUAUGCAGAGCGGCUGGGCUUCGUUUUCUCCGAGGAGGUCAACUUCAACGGGCACCGUGCAGUUUUCAUGCGAAACGGCAACGAACACCAUAGUCUUGGGCUGUUCCCCAAGGCACUGCGGGCGGAACUGGGUUGCAGCCCCCACACUUCGUGCAUGUCUUUCGGGGUAGAAGUGGGCUCCUACCGGCAGUUGAAAAACGCCGUUACGUUCUUCAAGGACAAUGGUGUCACCUUCAAAGAGAUUCCCGCGGAACUGCACCCUGGCGUUGACUAUGCAGCCUUUGCGCAGGACGCGGACGGGCACCUCAUAAUGCUUUACUACUACAUGGAACAGUUGGGCUGGGAAGGCCAACCGCGUCCCAAGGCACUGCGGCGCAACGUUGGAAAUACCGACGAGUGGCCGGACACCCUGGAAGCACUUUCCGACACCUACGUAGACCAGGUAUUCCAGGGGCCGUUGGGGUAG